AUUAAAUCCUAAUUAUUAUUUUCUAUGAAUAACUUAAAAGACAAGGAAACCAAAAAAAUCGAUUUAAAUUUUGCUGUGAUAGAUUAUGAGAUAUCAUUUGAGUCUAGUGUCGAAGCAAACAAAGACCCUAUGUCUAUAAUAAAAAAAUUACAUAAACAAAUGUUUUAGGAUUAGACCUAGGAUGUUGUGGUUGGAUAUAUGAAUACAUAUAACAAGAGUAACCUAAUAUCAGAAUUACCUUAUUUAUUACAAUAAAUGGAAUACAAGCAAACAUAUAAUUCAACGAGAUAAUAAGUCUUAGUCAUUUUUCACUAUAUUGGUGGUGCUACAGAAACUGAGCCAAUUACAUUAAUCAAAAAGGCCAGAAAUAGGUAUGGACAAAACCCAAUAGAAGCAAAUUAGCCAAAGGAUUAUUAUGUGUCGACUAAUAUGGAUUUGAAAUAAGUUAGAAGGAAUUAUUAAGAAGCAGUCUAAUCAGAAGCAGAGCCAUUUAGGAUUAAGGAAGAUAUUUAAAAUGAUGAAGUCAAUAAAUUAUAGUAUUUGAGUCAUUUAAUUUAGUUAUCUAUGCUUGAAGGAGUGUGAAGCUAAAAAUUUAAGGUGUAUAUUAAUCUAAAUCAAUAAAGUGAAUUAGAAACUAUUUACAGACCAAAGAGUAGCAUCUAGAAUAUUUUAAAUUUUGAUCAGAUGGUCGGACGUUCAGAAUGAAUAGACUGAGGAAAGUCAAAAAAUAAAGAGCUAAUGAACUUUAGUUUGAAU